CAGUCUCCCCCUGUCGUCAUAACAGCAUAGUACGGCUUAGACGCUACCUCUACUCAAUAACCGGGAGCGAGAGAGAGAGAGAGAUAGAGAGAGAGAGGGGGCACAAUAAACAGAGAGACAUCUAGGUCUGACAGCGAGGGCGAAGACCCUUAUUUAAACGCGCGUCUUCCCAGCCCGACUGGAAACCCUUCCUCAGCCCCGUAACUGUGCUGGUGACAUUAGGUUUAACGUCGUCUGGAGACAGUGACGGAAGGGAGGGGUGAAGCUUGCCUUUCGGGGGAUUCCGCGGAACUGUGGCAGUAGCGGGUUGGUUUGGUUUUGAUGACUGGAGGACCCACCACUCUUAACUAGUCAGACCUGUGGGACUCCAGACAAAACAGAGACCACAAACCUCCUACUAGCUGACACCAAGAAACAGCAACAACAUCAUGAAGACCUACGCCACCUCCCUCCUUCCAUUUCUCCUUCUCUCUCUCCUCGCCGCCCUGUCCUCCUCCCAGAGCGAACCCUCAGACCUCACCGUCACCACCAGGCUAGGCCGCGUGCGGGGCAUCCGCUUACCGACGCCGGACCGGAAUCACGUGACUGCUUUUCUUGGAGUCCCAUUCGGCGAGCCCCCGAUUGGCAAGAAGCGCUUCCGUAAGGCGGAGCCCAAGAAGCCGUGGUCUGGCGUGUUCGAAGCUACCUCCUAUCCCAACGCCUGCUACCAAUUUGUUGACACGUCUUUCCCCGGGUUCCAGGGAUCAGAGAUGUGGAACCCCAACAGGGACAUGAGUGAGGACUGUCUUUAUCUCAACAUCUGGGUCCCUACAUCCCCUAAACCUCACAACCUCACAGUGAUGGUUUGGAUCUACGGAGGAGGUUUCUACAGCGGUUCCUCGUCCCUGGAUGUGUAUGACGGCCGCUACCUGGCUCACUCGGAGAAGGUGGUUGUGGUCUCCAUGAACUAUCGCAUCGGGGCUUUUGGGUUCCUGGCUCUGCACGGUUCCCCGGAGGCCCCAGGGAACGUGGGUCUUCUGGACCAGCGCAUGGCUCUCCAGUGGGUGCAGGAUAACAUCCAGUUCUUCGGGGGAAACCCCAAACAGGUGACCAUCUUUGGGGAGAGUGCCGGAGCGGUUUCCGUGGGCCUGCACCUCUUGUCUCCCGGCAGUCGGCCCACCUUCACCCGAGCCAUUCUCCAGAGUGGAGCCCCUAACUGCCCCUGGGCUACUAUAACACAAGACGAAGCCCACCGGCGGGCCACCCAGCUGGGGAAGCAUGUCGGCUGCCCCUCCGGGGGUAACGAUACGGAGCUGGUGGACUGCCUCCGCAACAAGCGCCCGCAGGAGCUCAUUGACAAAGAGUGGCAGGUCAUGCCGUGGCCAGCCAUCUUCCGUUUCUCCUUCGUGCCUGUCAUCGAUGGCGUGGUCCUCCCAGACAACCCAGAGGCCAUGCUCAGCUCAGGCAACUUCAAGGACACCCAAAUCUUGUUGGGUGUCAACCAGGACGAGGGGUCCUUCUUCCUGCUUUACGGGGCACCUGGCUUCAGCAAGGACAACGAGUCACUGAUCUCUCGAGAGGACUUCCUGGAAAGCGUGAAGCUCAGCGUUCCGCAUGCCAACGCCAUAGGCCAGGAAGCCGUGGUGCUUCAGUAUACUGACUGGUUCGACGAGAACAACGGAGGAAAGAACCGAGAUGCCCUGGACGACGUGGUCGGAGACCAUAACGUCAUCUGCCCACUGCAGCACUUCGCCAGGAGCUACGCCCAGUUUCAUGCCGAUCAGACCACCAACAACUGGCAACAGGCCGGCACCUCUGGGGGUGUGGUGAAGGAUGGGAACUCACAAGGUGGAGUGUAUCUUUACCUGUUCGACCAUCGUGCCUCUAAUCUGGCCUGGCCGGAGUGGAUGGGCGUUAUCCACGGUUACGAGAUUGAGUUUGUCUUCGGCCUGCCACUGGAGAAAAGACUCAACUACACGGCCGAGGAGGAGAAGCUGAGCCGACGCAUGAUGAGAUACUGGGCCAACUUUGCACGCACAGGUAACCCCAACAUCAACUUCGACGGCAGCGUGGAUAGCAGGCGGAAAUGGCCCCAGUUCACUAACAGCGAGCAGAAACAUGUGGGUUUAAACACAGAACCCCUGAAGAUCCACAAGGGCCUACGGAACCAGCUGUGUGCAUUCUGGAACCGUUUCCUGCCACGCCUCCUCAAUAUCACAGAUAACAUAGACGAGGCGGAGCGUCAGUGGAAGGUCGAGUUCCAUCGCUGGUCCUCCUACAUGAUGCAUUGGAAGAGCCAGUUCGACCACUACAAGCAGGAGCGCUGCACUGACCUCUAAGACGAGAGAGAGGAAAGACCAUGUCCGUCCAUAGGUCCCUGUCAUUCUUCAUGUGAUACGAUAUGUUGAGGCUCACACUGUAACGCCACUUAGGCUAAGCAGUGGAUUCCCUUCUCCACCGUUUCUCUGCACUCUCAUAAAUCACAUAUUGGUUUUCAGUUUGUUUGGUUCCCAUUGUGGGGGUUAGGUCCGUGAGCUGACAACCAGUCAGCAUCAGAUAAGGAAAUAGUAAUAGGAGUUAUGGAAGGAGCCGGUCAUUGAUGAACUGUGUGAAUAGGUGAAAUGGUGAACGCUUCGACGGUGGGUCAUGACUGUUCCUCUCUGUAGACUCUGACUGUGUGUGUGUGUGUGUGUGUCUGUCUGUACAGGUAUAACUGUACUUGUGGGGAUAAAAAAUUCCUGUAAUUAUAGUUAAGUAAGAAAAAAACGACCGUGCAGAGAUUUUUUUCCAGAAAGAAGGCUAUGUUAGGUUUAGAGGUUAGUUCAAGGGGAAAAUGUAGAGUUUAUUUAGGGUUAGAAUCAUGUUAAGAGUCAGGAUUAGGGGAUGGUUUUCAGGUUAAUGAGUAUGGUAGUCCCUACAAGUACAGAAUGACAAAGGUUUGUGUGUGAGUGCGUGUGCUACGUCUUAUCCUUUCGGUCCCUCUCAGUCUUUUUGUUAACUUAUUUUUCAGUCGACACAAACCUUGCUGUCGGCUAUUUUAUAUGAUCUUUAUUUAAAAAAGCUACUACCAUUACUGUUCCACUGUCAGUCCAUGUGUCUGUUCCCUUGUAGUUCGUACUGUACAUUUCGCAGAUCCCCCGUCCCUCACUCCGGCUGUAUUAGGGAGGCGAUCGGUUGUCCGUGUGGACUCUUAAAUCACACCCUAUUCCCUACACAGUGUACUACAGCCCCCCUGGUUGAAAGUAGCACACCAAAUAUGACAUAGGGUGUGAUUUGGGACAUGUUCUUUCUUCUUCUGCGCCUCACCUGGGCACCUCUGCCCUAUCUAGUGUGCUGUACCAGGGUAGUGGCUCCCAACCUUUUUCAGUUACUGUACCACAAACAGAAUUCUGCUCUGCUGGGUGUACCCCCUCAUGUUACUUUUGCUAUUAUGGUGUUGAGUGUUUUCUCAAAAAUUCCCUGUGGAGAGGCCAAGUACCCCCAGGGGUCCUAGUACCCCUGGUUGGGAACCACUGUCUAGGGGAAGGAUGGUGAUUUGGGAUGUUGUCUUUGUCCAUGUGGGUCCACAACUGAAGCCGAAAACCACUGAUCAACUUGGAAUCUGGAGCCAUGUAUAUAUCCCUGUGCUGGGUAGGAAAAUAUCGUCACUGAAACAAACCGUAGGGCCGUGUGUGUGUGUGUGUUAAACUCCAUGCGGCCCUGCAGUAUUUGUGGCACAUGUUGCUUGUGUCCUUCUUGGCGAUCGUUGAAAUGUUGCUUGAACGUAGGUCUUCUGUGCACGUCUUUCAAUCCACUUGUCAGAGCGUGAGAGCGAUGGCGUAUGAACUUUGUAUGGCGUAAUAUCCACAUACCUCUGUAAAUCAUCUUUACGUCACUAGUCCCUGGUGCAUGCCAGUCCCUCUCAUCGUUGUCCCGGCAACAGAGUGCAGUGUGAGUGUGAGUGUGUGUGUUUGUCUGUGUUGGCGCGUGCGUACUGAUACAGUCUCCGUGCCAAAGGCCGACGUGUCUCGUUCCCCUCCUCCCUCCUACCAUCCCUCUCUCCUUUACUCCUAUCCAUCAUUCUCUCCUCUCCACCUCCCCCUCUCUCCUCUCCACCUCCCCCUCUCUCCCCCCCACCUCUCCGCUCACCCCGUCCCUCCAUCAUCCCCAGGAGGACAGGCGUUCUCGUUAGUCUAAUGGAGGCUGAAGUAAUUCACUCAGCGUGUGCGCGCGGCCGCGUGAGUAAUUCACUCAGAGCUCCGGUGAAACGACAGGGCGCUGCGUCAGCCAUUUACCAGACUGACAUCCCUGGCUUGGUUGUACCGAUGCAGAGACUGCGGCUGACGGAGGGAGAGAGAGAGAGAGAUGGCGAGAUCAGGAAGAAAAAUAUGAAGAAAGGGAGAAAAGUGCGAUGGAGAGAGAGAAAGAGAAAGAGAAUGGAAGACAAAGUCAGUAAGAGGAAGACAGGGAGGGGGAGGCAGGGGGAGAGAAAGAAGGACAGGAAAAGAAAACACAUGCUCUGUUUCUGUCUGCCAAGGUUGUUUAUCAUUAACUGUGACAUUUACUGUACUGUCCACUUGCCUUUCGCAGUCAUUUGUAUAUUCAGUUGCAGGCUUCUCGGUUUAAAUCAUCUAGAGAUGGUAAAAAAUUAACAAGGGACUGUCUCUUCAUCACGUCAUGUUGACACAGUUCCAGGUUUGGUUGCUUUCAGGGGUGGUGUGUGUUGUGUUGUAUGUUCCAUCUAUUUGUCCUUUUGUCCACCUCUAAAUGUUUGCUUUUCUUUUGUAUGUGUCCCUGUUCCUGCCUGUCUUUAUUCACCUGGGCUUGUAUCUGUCCAUUCAUCUGUGUAUACAAUAUUUAUGUGACGUCACGCUUGUAUGAUGUCAUUCUGUGAUGUCAUUUAUUUGAACCGGCAUUCAUUGACACAGAAGAGAUCAGGAUCAGCCUGAUUGGUCAGCAGGUAUCCCAGUGAAGUAUUAUGAUUGGUUUAUUUACCAGGCAUGUACAACUCCUAUUUAACGACUGGAGUAGAGUAGUCUAGCUUUAAAAGUAAAAGUAAUAUAAAAAAUAGUUACAUAUAUUGAAAAUGAUUUAAAGUGAAAGACUAUCUGUAAUUCUUUAGAUACUGUGUGAGUACUAAAUGGCACUCACUUCCCCAUAUAGUCUACUACUUGGUCAAAAGUAGUGUACAACAUUAGGGAAUAAAAUGCCAUUUAGGACAUAUCCACUUUGUUUGAAUGAAAAGAAUGCAUGUGUGAAUGGAUUGGCUGUGUGAUUGAUCUAAUGAUGAGUGACAGCUGCUCAAGCCCAUCUUUUCCAAUAACAGGGCCGGCUUCCCCUUUUUCCUCCAAUGUUAUCCCUUUGUGCAUGUCCUGAGAAACCACUCCCCUCAGAAUUCUAGUCCAAAUUGAUUACAGUUAUUUUCUGUAAAACUACACCCCAUGAAGUACUGAUUUGCAUUUAGAUUAUUAUUACGAUUAUUUUGACUGUUAUUAUACAAUUAUUAUAGCUUUGACAUUACAGUUGAUGUUAGCAAUAAUAUAACACAUCAAUAUAUAAAUAUAUUUGAUAUUUAAAUGCAAAGAUAUUUAAUUGGAUGAUGAGGAUGAUGACGAGAAAGAUUUAUAUCAUCGCUAUUUAAAAUAUAAGGGAGGUUAUAUUUGGACAAAGCAAUAUAAUAAAUAUAUAAAGAGUGCCAUAUUUUUUUUUAUUGUUUUAUUAUUCUUAUUGUUUUUCAAUGAAUAGUAUUACUUCAGUACUACUACAGAAUACCGUAUAAACAAAGCAUAGUAUUUACCGUAUAGAGUAUAUACUAUAUACAGUAUACUACUAGAGUACUAAUAAGGUACUAUUAAAGUACUACUACUCCUGCAUCAUCAUUUGUUACAGUCGCUAGUACUUUAAAUAAUACAUUAGAAUGGCUUUUGUAGACGUAUGUAUUCAUGAAUGCCAGCUUGUUGUUUGUCAAAUUGCAACAAAAUAAAGACACCUCGCUGCUUA